AUGCCGGGAAAAGAGGGAAAAUACAUCCUGGGCGCCAACCGGGGCCCAUUACUGACCAGCGAUGCUGAAAACCAAAUGUCGGAGUCGGAAUUGGAGAAGGUUCAGUCUGCUGGCGGUAUGUCCUUGACGAGGGUGCCCACCCGGAAACAGAAACUCCAGCGACACUGGAAGCGAUUCUGGCUCUUCUAUUGCAUCGGCAAUGUCAUUUUCCUAGCAAUUUUCCUCCCGGUUUUCUUCCUCGUCUGUAUCCCUGCUAUCGCACAGAUGGUCGUCAACAAAUCCGAUAUAUGGGUUGUCAAUGCGGACGUGCUGCAGCCGAAGGCGGACUCCGUCAUCCUAACUCUGCAAGCCAAAGUGGAUUUGAAGCUCGCACUUGCGGCACGGAUCGACCCUCUUAGUUUCCAUCUAUUCAUACGCAAGGAUGGAUACGGAGCCGACUACCCCUAUGCAAAUCUCCCAGUUCCAGGGCAGACCAUCAAAGGCAACCACACCCUCGCGGUCAACGAUAGCUUUACUCCGAUUCUGAACCAGACAAGCUGGACGGAAUUCGUUAGGGAGAUUGUCUUUGAAAAGGAAACAACCUUGUCGCUGAAGGGUGUCACCAAUGCAUAUCUAGGAGUGUUGAAGUCUCAUGUCACAUUGAACAAAGAUGUGACCACCCCUGGUUUGAACCAGUUCUCAGGACUUUCCAUUUCCGACGCCACUCUCCUGCUCCCGGCCAGAUCCGACGGCACGAACCUCAUCGGUAACCUUACGCUCCCCAACCCGACGGUGUUCACGAUGAAUGUCGGCACACUCAAUUUAAAUAUUUUGAGUGGUGAUCUCCUCAUUGGGAACGUCACUAUAACUGGCGUGACGCUGAAACCCGGCGACAAUACCUACCCGCUGAGUGGCGCCCUCAACCUCAAGAAAAUAAUCUUGAACUUGCCCGAGGUUUUGAAGUCGCAGGCAUCACUACUCAAGACUGGCAACUUGACGUUGAAAGCGCAGACCUCUUCUAUAUAUUGGGACAACACCUAUGUGCCUUACUACUCGGAUGUACUUCGCACACUCACGCUCACGACAGAGGUCGGUAUCGGCGAGAUUGUCAAGAAUACCCUCCAAUCCUUCGCGGAUGGCAAAAACUUGUCAGGUUUGUUGAGUGGCAUAGGCACACGGUCGCUAGGUGAAAACGAUGGAAGCGAGCCGGUUACUCUGUCCUCGCUGAUGAAGGACGACAAGGAUAUCAGAGGCGCUUUCGAAGACGUUAGCACGGAAAGGCGCGACGAUAUUAUUGAUUCUUUCAUUGCGAUGUAUCCAACUCUCUGA